AUGCGUUUCUCACUCACUCUCCUCGCUGUUAUCGCCUCCGCCGUCGCCGUCUUCGCCUCUCCCGCCGCUGAGAACUCUGAGGGAGGCAUCUACAAGCGAGGUAUACACCUGUCUCCAUUCAAACCUCUCGCCCGACGACCUCCAGCCUGUCCGAGUCCACUAACCAGUCCUCUUUCCUCCCUAGGUGGCCCAGAAAUCUGCACGUCCAACCUUGACGGCUCAGGCGAGACCGACGAGCAGGUCACGAAGGACUGCUGCGCCGCCGUCAACCAGCAGGCGUACUUCAACGAGGCGGAGAAGCAGUGCCAGCCAUACGGUGGACACCUCGGCAACAGCGUCGACACGGGUGCUAUGGUCCAGUGCUGUUCUAGCAGGGGUCGCGGGAGCAAGGCUGUCUAA